AGACAUGAAAAGCAAGAAAAGCUUGUAGAAAAUAUUGAUGACGAAGAAAAACGGCUCCUGAAGCUAAUGGGUUGGAAGGAUGGAGGAACAGAGUCAAUGGUGAGUUAUUUUUAACUAUACUUCCGUCGCUCUAUGGCGAUUUAGGUUUUCCCUGGGAUCCAAUACCCUCAAGGGUAGAAUAUCCCCUGAUCUCAAACUUCCUGUUGCGUCACGAUUUGUGCUUCUUGAAAAAGAAAGCUUGAGUUUAGAUAGUCUUUUUUAAUUUUUAUGUACAGUCUGCAUAAUCAUAAAUUAUGCGAGAGGUUACGUCACACAAAUGUAAAUUGGGAUCGUGAACAACUGGACGCUUUUCUCUAGAUUGGUAUACUAUCGAUUAAACUUUGUCGCCUUUCUCCAUUUUACAUCAUAGGAGUGUUUUUCGUCGGAGGAAGAUCUCUGUAUAUCCGAGUAGGAAAUUCUACGGUUCAAAGCGAACCAAUUGUCAGUGUCACAGCAGCGACGGAAGCUUCGAGAGAAACUUCGCCAACAAUUUAACAAUUUGACGCUUAAGGAGGGUCUUAACGUCGCUAUUGUUCAUUAG